CGCCACGCCACCAUGGAUGAAGUCCCGCUGCCAGCGCCCCCUGUCCCGACCCCGGCCCCGGCCCCAGCACCGCCCGCCGCCGCCCCCCGCGUCCCAUUUCACUGCAGUGAGUGUGGCAAGAGCUUCCGCUACCGCUCGGACCUGCGACGCCACUUCGCACGGCACACUGCUCUCAAGCCCCACGCGUGUCCGCGCUGCGGCAAGGGCUUCAAGCACAGCUUCAACCUGGCCAACCACCUGCGCUCGCACACGGGUGAGCGGCCCUACCGCUGCUCCGCCUGCCCCAAGGGGUUCCGAGACUCCACCGGCCUGUUGCACCACCAGGUCGUCCACACUGGAGAGAAGCCCUACUGCUGCCUGGUCUGCGAGCUCCGCUUUUCCUCGCGCUCCAGCCUGGGCCGCCACCUCAAGCGCCAGCACCGCGGGGGGGAGCCUGCCUCCGGGGAGCCGGCGCCCAGCUCCGGCCGCAGCAAAAAGAUCUUUGGCUGCUCCGAGUGCGAGAAGCUGUUCCGCUCCCCGCGGGACCUGGAGCGGCACGUGCUGGUGCACACGGGCGAGAAGCCGUUCCCGUGCCUCGAGUGCGGCAAGUUCUUCCGCCACGAGUGCUACCUCAAGCGCCACCGGCUGCUGCACGGCACCGAGCGGCCCUUCCCCUGCCACAUCUGCGGCAAGGGCUUCAUCACGCUCAGCAAUCUCUCCAGGCACCUGAAGCUGCACCGGGGCAUGGACUGACCAUGCCGCCACCCGCCUGGCGCUGGACUCGGGGCCCCCAGGGGACCACCCAAAUCCAGGCGCGGGCCCUGAGAUGAGGGGACCCUGGCUGGAGGGACGCGGCCACCAGAAACCCACAUAGGCACCCUGAGCUGGGGGAUCUAUGGAGAUCCCUGAGCUUGAGGCCUCCCUGGAAUCCAUGAUGGGCACCCCCAAAUCAAUGGGCCCCUAAGUUGGGGGGACCUAGGAAUGAGAAAUGGGCCUCCACAAGUAUACAUCUCACCUUGAGGGCCCUAAUAAAAGAUGGGCACCCCGCCCCCAAGGGAAGCCUGCCCUCUCCCUGAGAGCCAUCAUUCCCGACGACCUUGGUCUGGAGAAUGUGGGGGACCAUGCCCCUGAAUUUCCCUGGAUCCUUCCGAAUGCACCCGCCACCGUCGCUGGUGCCCCUAGAUGAUGGAUGGAGCCAGAAUCUGCCUCCCCCGUUCCAUUCCCUGUGCCAGAGGAGGACCAGGGUGGAUGCCCCCUGCCCUCAGCCCGCUCCCCGAUUAGGCCUCCCUCCCCAGCUGCGGAAUGGGUGAACCCUAAUGGUCUUCCCCACCCCCAAACUCUAGAGUAGGCCGGUUGGACAUCCCCCCCCCAUGCCCAGUAGGAUGGACUGAUCAGAUACACAGCCUCCUGUCCACUGGAACGGGCUGGCCGGGUUGUGGCCUCCCCGCUCCCUCCUUGCAGUGACUAGGGCCGACUCCCCUCCUCUUCCGCGUCAUUCCCCAUCCUGUGGACUCGCCUGAGUGGGAGGUGGUGAAGCCUAGGGUCUCCCUCUGCUCUGCUGUAGCACCUGUCGGUCUUUCCAUCUCUGUUUGUCUGUGUUCCUCCCAACCCCAGGGGAAAGGGGGGUUGGCUAGGGGGUCCUCCCCAUGAGCCUCGACCUCACCCCCUUAUCCCUGACCCCAGUGUCUUCAGGACCACAAUAAACCUCGUCCUGUCGGUUAAUGCCA